CCCAGUCCAGCCCACGGUGCACCCAGAAUCCCCCAAACCCACCUAGCUCUCCUUCCUUUCCGUUCUUCUAUCGCUUUCCCUCGAAUGGAAGCUGCGCCACGCCCGCGGCAGCAGGAACAGCACCACCGGCGGGGCCGGCAUCCCUAAAUGCGCCGCCCUCUCGCCGCCGCCGCCGCCCUCCGCCUCCGCCUCCUCUCAUCCUCGUCCCGCCCCCUCGUCCCCUCGCCCUUUCCACUCCACCACCUCCUCCGCCGCGACGACGACCGCGAGGAUCGACACCCAACGCCCCCGCCUCCGCCAUUCUCGCCCCGCCCGCUCCUCGGCUCCGCAUCCGGUGCCCCCGGCCUCCUUGGCCUCCGCGGGUGGCGGACGUUACCCCCGGCAGCGUCACCGCCACGAAGCACCGUCGCGGACGCGCCCCCUGUCCUGCUCACCAUCUCCCGCAGUUAUUCUUUGCGUGUCGCCAAGACCAAGAAGCAGACACACUUCGACGAUGAGCACAGCCAUCGAGCGGUUAACACGGCACUUUGGUGUAAUUUCCUUGUCUUCACGCUGAAGUUUGGUGUGUGGUUUUCAACAUCUAGUCAUGUUAUGCUAGCUGAGCUAGUACAUUCGGUGGCAGACUUUGCUAACCAGGCUCUUCUUGCAUAUGGUCUGAGAAGUUCAAGACGUGCUCCAGAUGCUCUACACCCCUAUGGUUAUUCAAAAGAAAGAUUUGUAUGGUCUUUGAUAUCCGCAGUUGGAAUAUUUUGCUUGGGUUCAGGUGCUACUAUUGUGAAUGGAGUUCAGAACUUGUGGAGUUCUCAACCUCCCGAGAACAUUCACUAUGCUGCAUUAGUGAUUGGUGGGUCGAUCCUAAUUGAAGGUGCUUCACUUCUUGUUGCUAUAAAGGCUGUUAAGAAAGGUGCAGCAGCAGAAGGAAUGAGUAUCAGAGACUACAUCUGGCGUGGUCAUGAUCCAACUUCAGUUGCUGUUAUGACUGAAGAUGGUGCUGCUGUUACAGGUCUUGCUAUUGCAGCAGCAUCUUUGGUGGCUGUUCAAAUGACAGGAAACCCCAUCUAUGAUCCAAUUGGUUCCAUCAUUGUUGGUAACUUACUUGGAAUGGUUGCGAUUUUUCUCAUCCAGAGGAACAGGCAUGCUUUAAUUGGUAGGGCCAUUGAUGAUCAUGACAUGCAGCGAGUUCUUGAAUUUCUGAAAUCUGAUCCGGUUGUAGAUUCUCUUUAUGAUUGCAAAAGUGAGGUGAUUGGGCCAGGGUUCUUUAGAUUCAAAGCAGAAAUUGAUUUCAAUGGAGUAGUCUUGGUGCAAAAUUAUCUUGAAAGGACUGGACGUGGAGUAUGGGCAAAACAGUUCCGGGAGGCCUCGUUGAGUAAGGAUGAUGCGGAGCUACGAAGGGUUAUGGCCGAGUAUGGUGAGGGUGUGGUGGAUGCUCUGGGAUAUGAAGUGGAUCGGCUGGAGUCAGAGAUACAGAAGAUUGUGCCGGGAAUCAGACAUGUUGACAUCGAGGCGCACAACCCAGACGGUCUUUCAGUUUAGAGUAGCAUUUUUUGUACAUUUUUAUGGAUAUAUUCGGUUGAUUGAUCACGCUUGCUGAUCAACGCCAAUCUGAUUUGUUCUAUGACCUCUUGAUACUUUUUACCCCUCAGUAAUUCAGGCCAUUGUCUCCCAUGUAAGAACGAGAUGCCCUACAGAAAGUCAGUGGGCACAUAAUCUUGGUGCUCACGUGUUGAAUA